GACAAUUUUGAUCUGGCAUGGGAAGCUUUACGGUCUCGCUAUGAGAAUAAAAGAGUAUUAGUUGACAACCAAAUACGUAUUCUCAUGAAUUUAAAGGCUAUUCAAGUGGAGAACAGUGAAGAUAUUCAAAAACUCCAAUCAUCAGUGAAUAAGUGUCUCCAAAUUCUCGCCACCCAACAAGUCUCCACAGAGAGCUGGGACCCCAAAAUAAUUUACCUCGUUACCUCAAAACUUCCUGAGAACAUAGUGGCCCUGUGGGAGCAAUCUCUCAGCUCUAAGAAAGACCUCCCGAACUGGUCCCAAAUGAACCAGUUCCUAAUCACUCGAUAUGAGGUGGUCGAAAGAGUUGAUCAAUGGCGCCCAGCCAAAUCAAGACCCAAUCUCCAAAACUCCAGGUUAUUUAGAACCCCUCAAACCCACAACAGGCCCCCUUUCAAAACCUCACACUUUCAACAGUCCCAUAAUAAAUCAUCUUCACAGAUCCAAUCGCAUGUGACAGAACAGCGUACGAUGCAUAAAUGCCCCAAGUGUAGAGAUUCCUCGCACUCAUUGUGGAACUGCCAGAGAUUCCGUAAGUUGUCGGUUCAAGAUCGUAGAAAAUUUGUAAGAGAAAACAACAUGUGAUUUAACUGCCUCUCUCAGUCACAUUAUCUGAAAGAUUGUCCAAGUACUCAAACCUGCUCCAAUUGUCGAGAAAAACGCAACUCAGUGCUUAACUAUAGCACAGCCCCUCCGCCAAAAAGGCAAGACUCUCGAGAACAAAGGACUACAUCGCAGGUAGCGAUGACUGAUUCCCCGAACCCCAACCUGUAAGUCCCACAAGAAACGGAAGAACAAGAUAAUUUACCAUCAAGUUCUAAUGGAACCAGAGUACAAUCGUACUACUCUGAAAAUGAGAGCAAAGUCCUUCUCACUACAGCCAUAGUCUCAGUAGAACAGAAAGGAGAACUCUUUAAACUCCGAGCUCUCAUCGAUCAGGGCUCAGAACGGAGCUUCAUUUCUUCUACGGCCCAAAACAAACUGAGACUACCAUGUCAAAGCUCGAACUUUGAGAUCUCCGGCAUGGGUGGGACAGUAGUUCAGACCUCGAACAGAAUCUGCUCUCUGGUCUUAGUAUCCUCCGACUUCACUACGAAAGUCACCGCUCAAGCAAUUGUGCUACCUCAAUUGACCAAAAUACUCCCAAGAUUCCAGCCAACUCGCGAACAACGCGGGGAGUGGUCUCCCAUUCAGCUGGCAGACCCCAUUUGUCACUCCCCAUCUCAAAUCGACCUAGUGAUAGGCAGCGAUCUCACCCCACAAAUCAUGCUUGAAGGUAUUGAGCAUAUCUCAAAAAAUCUGUUAGCACAAAAGACGAUUUUUGGCUGGAUUUUGAGCGGUCAAAUGCCUAAUAAAGUGGUGUCUUUCUCCACUCAAGUGGAACAAAACUCAAAUCAACUUCUGGAAUCUCAACUGCGAAAGUUCUGGGAGGUAGAGGAAGUUCCGACCCCCAAUCUGACGAAUCCUGAAGAUAAGCUAUGUGAAGAGUUAUACCUGUCAACUACAUCGCGUACACCUGAAGGUCCCUACAUAGUCCGGCUCCCAUUCAAGCAAAGCUUCCCAAAUGAAAUCACCCUAGGUCAAUCUCGCACCACAGCUCUCCAGCAAUUUUUCGGUAUGGGGAGAAGUCUUCAAAAAAAAGGCGACCUAAAACCCCUGUAUGAUAAUGUCUUAGGGGAAUAUCGCACCCUAAAUCAUAUGGAAGAAACAACUUCCUACGAAAAAUCCUCAGAAGGAAAAUAUUAUUCCUUCUAUCUCCCCACCACGCGGUUGUCAAACCCGAGAAAAGAACCACCAAGGUACGUGUCGUAUUUAAUGCAUCACGGAGAUCAAGUCCCGGACUCUCUCUUAAUGAUGUUUUCCCCAACCGGACCAACACUUCAACCCGAUCUGAUGCUAUUAAUCCUCAAAGGGCACACGUAUCAGUUUGUGUUCAAUGGCGAUGUAGAAAAAAUGUAUCGUCAGAUACUUUUACAUAAAGACCACCAGAAUUACCAGAGAAUUGUAUUUAGAUCAUCUCCAAGCAGCCCCAUUCGAGACUACAGGUUAAGAACCGUGAAAUUCGGUGUAAAUUGCGCACCAUUUCUUGCAAUACGCACUCUUCACCAACUCUCCGAUGAUGUAAAAAUAACAUAUCCCUUGGCGGUGCCAAUACUAAAAACCGAAACGACAUACUUUCAGGAGGUCAUGACCUCAUCUCAGCAACUAAAUCUCUCUCCCAAGUCAUUCAAGCUCUAAACUCCGCUGGCUUUCCCUUAAAAAAGAUCACGGCGAACCAUCCUGAUUUGCUCAAAGACAUA